CUUCAGCGGGGUUUCAGUUUCACCUUACAGUUCCUGGUUUCCCUGACAAGGAAGUGAGCUCGCCUGUCUUGAUAAAUGAAAGGGUGAUAUAAAACACACCGAGCGAAUGAGAUAUGGUCGCUAAUGUAUGCUUGAGUGCGAAAGAAGAUGAGUCGACAACGACCAGCCGUGCUUCUUUGCAUGGUCGUCAACCUGGCCCUACUCACGGUGGCGGAUGACUGUCCCGCUCCUGUCCGCAUGGAGCUUACGGCAUACUCCGAUUCAGAAUUCUAUUACAGAUGGGACUCAGACACAUACAUGUCCAACGUGUGGCACUGCGUCUGCAUACAACGUGGUGGUUUGGUGGAGAAUCCCUGCCGCGAUGGCGUUGUGGCUCCCAAGGGUUGCUCCAAAAACGAGAACAAGUACACCCACUUCUGGAAACAGCUUGAUACCUACACAAAGUACACGGCGUGCGCUCAGAGGCAAUGUGGAGAGAAGGUAUCUCGACCAGUCUGUCUCACCGUUACCACAGCACCUAGGGCUCCGACCGAACCGUUCGCAAUCUCCCUCCGCUCCGACACGCCAUGGUCUAUCGAGGUGACCUGGAAGUACCCCUUGUACAGGAACGGUCCUCUGGACGGCUAUUUGGUAUCUUGGUGCGAAUACCAGGGCUGUCCUGUCACACGGUCCCGCCGUGUUGAGGGGGCAGACAACCGGCGCUAUCGCAUCAUGGGCCUGGUGCCCUAUACCACAUACAGUGUGUCUGUCCAGGCAUACAACAUGGACAGGGGAAAGUACCUCUACAGCUCUCAGGAAACGUCUCGAGUAACCACACUGUGCACAUAUCCUUCUAAACCAUCUUUGAACUGGUGGUGCAGUGGUCCUUUUGACGUGAUGGUAAAGAUCCAAAAACCAAUUUACCCAAACGGUCCCAUCGAUGGAUAUCGACUGAACGUCUGCCCAACGCAGCGGUGCCCUGACGACAGCAUGACUUCCAACUAUUUGGAGUCAAAUCCUGACUCUAAGAAAGUCGCAAACCUGAAACCGUGGCAGAAGUACACUAUCACGUUGACCGCUUAUAACACCAAAGGGGAGAAGAAGCUCUACAGCGAACCAGCGACCAUCAGCGUCUAUACAAUGCCCGAAAUGCCUUCGGAGCCUCCUACUUUAGAGGCCGCCAUUGUGGAGAGUCGGCGAGUGAAGCUGGUUUGGGGAUAUCCAGCGUAUACGAGCAAAGAGGUCACGGGCUACCAAGUGUCCUGGUGCACCUCGGACCACCAUAAGUGUUACUACUACAGGCAAGAUACGAAGAAGCAUUUUGUCGUCGGCGGACUGAAACCUCUGACGGCAUACGAGUUCAAAGUGGAGGCUCGGCUAAGUUUCGGGACUUACAACGUACCCGGCCGACCAGCUACACUGAACGUGACGACGUUACCCGGAGGCCCCAGUAAACCCAAGGACGUCCGGGUGGUCCAACACAACGCAACGUUCGCUGAAAUAGCAUGGCGAGAACCCGACGACCCACAAGGUCCCGUGGAUGGCUACAGGUUUAUGGCGUGCCCCAAAGGGUUCUGCGCGGUGACGACGGCCUACACGAUUCAGCGAGGCAAUGACACAGAGGCCACACUGACUGAACUGGAGCCGUACACACAGUACGCAUUCCGCAUAUCUGCUUUCAAUGACCUGCCGGACGGAAAUAUGAUGCACGGUGACGAGAGGGACCUUGAAUUCUUCACUGAUCCGACAGUUCCAGGGGAGCCGCAAGAGCUGCGAGCCAGAGGAAUCAGCGCGACAUCCAUAUCCGUAACAUGGAACCACCCCGAAAGGACUAAUGGCCCACUCCUUGGGUACAACGUAUCUUGGAAAGCAAUGGGCAUUGAGAAAAGAGACAAUGCUAUCAUUAACGGCACGGCGUACAACUUAACGUCACUUCUUCCUAGUACCAAGUACAAUAUAGAAGUGUUCAGGACAAACAAGGAAGGAAACGUCACAUUCGAGGGGCCUACUGCUAAGGUUGUGGGCUCUACACAACCUCUGCCUCUUCCACCCGUUCGUAACCUGAAAGUUACAAUAGAACCUCACAACGACACCCAAGCUCUCAUUGUGAACUGGAGUGCACCAGAAGUUCCUCUGCUUGACCCGUUGGAGUUUAUAGUCAGUGUUUGCCGCCAAGAUCUUUCGGACUGCAGCGAAGAAGUCACACAGACACAUGGAGCUCGUGUCGCCCUCAAGGCUGCCGAAGAUCUUGUAAGGUACACCGUUGCCGUUACGGCUUUCGUCCAGCACGACGGUUUCACCGUGAAUGGAACUUCCCUGAACACGACGAUUGCUACCGGGGUGCCAGAGAUAAAAGACUUUGUGCUGCUUAACUUGGAUUGUUGUUCUGCGAAGUUUUCUUGGAGUCCAGCGAAAGUAAAAGGCGACGCUGUCUUUUACUACCUAACGAAAUUAACCCCAGGGGAUGAAGAGGUGCUAUCCGGAAACGACAGUUCUAAGGCAGUGACUGGACUGAUGUCGUGGAAUAACUACACUGCGUCCAUCCGGUUGUGUCUGACGAUUACGGAGCAAGUUUACUGUGGCCAGUGGACGUCGGUAACAUUUCGGACGCUGCCAUCCGUUCCUGGACGGAUUCGCAACGUCAAUGUCACAAAAUUUGGCGACGGCCACGAAGUUUCCUGGGUACCUCCAUUCCAAACCAAUGGUCCGAUAAGUGGAUACGAAGUCACUUGGUACUGUCCUCCCGAAUCAAAUUUUGCGGCAGGAGUACUACACGUCACAGAAGUCAACGCGCGAUCCUCCGUGGCUCUUCAGGGUCUUAAGGCCAAUGUGCCCUGUCUCGUCACAGUAGCGGCGUUCAACGAGCACGAAGGGCAAAACCUCGUGGGGGCAUUUUACAACGUCACCUUUUUGCCUUAAUCACGGUUUCGUUGUUGUAUUCGUUCUUGAGCCAGAAGCGGUGAUUCUCUAAAUUACUUGAACAAGAAUAUUAUGCUUCGAGAUGAAGGCGUUCUAACAUAUAUUCAAGCGUCGUGACCUUUUUUGUACAGUGUGCUUCGUUAUGCCGCUAGCCUUAACACAUCAACUGGCAACAACAGCAGAAACUGCAGCACAAACGCACGAUUAUCGCGCGGUUGCAUCGCAGUAAAUCGCAGAAUCCGUUUGUUGCAUUUGCAUCAAAUUAAAGUCAUUGUCCCCUGGAAAAUUGAAACGUGACGCGUUGCGCACAAUGUGCAUCUGACAAACCUGGGGAUGCUAGUAGUGCAGGAACAUCACAAGUCUGUCAGCAUUAAAAUAUUUUUUUCACCAAAUGGUGGUCUCUAAACAUGAAGUGGCCGAGUUUUUCACUUAAUGAGAUAACUUCAGAAAUUGAAAGCUUCUACGACAAAACGUUUCCAUUUUUGCUGGUGCGUCUUUGCUGUUUUGUGUUGUUGUCUACCCCUCAGAGAGGAACAACUUUGUACCCACCUUUUACAUGUACUUACAUGUGAUUAUUCGGGCGUGAUUUACCCGGAUUCAUAUUGUUGAUGUAGUGUCAGAAAACUGGAACAACCGUGCGGAAGGUCCGCUCUAGUCACGCCAUGGGAAUACUCCGGCAUCGUACUGUGUCAUCGACACAACACCGAAGGGGUAUCCGUGAGCAACAAAAUACUAAAGGGGGUAUACUAAAUUGAUAGCAGAACGCAGCAAGACAGGCCCUGCCGAAGCCUCAAAGACAGCCUUUUUUUUGUUGUUGUUGUUUCCGAUCAACUCUCGUGUUCUACCUCUGGGCAUCCAAGCUAUGUCCCUCAACUCUGUUGCGAAUUUUGGCAGAUCAGUCAUUGACCGGUGAAUGCUUAAUGUACAGCUUUAGCGGUGAAUCGAAUUUACAGUCCAAUGUCUGUCCAAUACAGUCCAAAAGAGUAGAAACGUAUAUGCAAAUCUCUGAACAAAUUUUCUUACGACCUCACGCAUACCCAACAAAAUACGUAUGGCAGCGGUGAAGUCUAACAUCGUCGUCACACUGUGUCAUAAUGAAAUCAUCGAGUCAUAUUGAUCUCUCCUGUCAAUUAGAGAAAGAUCUAGUUAUACCGAUGAUUACAAAUACUCAACAUUACAUUUAUUAUUACCUUUAUGAAUGUAACCAUCCUCCAGUAGAAGCCUGCACAAUAUGUGGUUUCUGCAUAUUCCGGACGUUUGUUAUGAAAUGUUUACCUGACUGCGUGUGUUUUGUUUGUUGCUCCGUUUCUCCUAUUGUAUAACGCCCUUCCAGGGCAUAUAAGGUACAAUAAAUGAAAUGAAAAUGA